AUGGCAUCCGAUCUGUCACAAGUCGUAGCGCAGUAUAGGCCAGACCUCGGCCCGCUGCAAGAGCUCUACAAACACCUUCACCAGAACCCAGAGCUGUCUGACCAAGAGUCCGAAACCGCGGCGUUGAUCGCCGAAAAGCUCAAGGCCGUUGCACCAGAGGACCUUGCCAUCAAGACAAGCAUCGGAGGUCAUGGACUCGCUGCCGUGCUUCCCAACGGCAGAGGACCUACCGUUCUCCUCCGCGCUGACAUCGACGCUCUCCCCGUUGAGGAGCGUACCGGCCUUCCCUACGCUAGCAAAAAGCGCAUGAUUCACGCCGCCACCGGCGUUGAGAAACCGGUGAUGCAUGCGUGCGGCCACGACAUGCACAUCACCUGUCUCCUCGGUGCUGCCGCAGCCCUGUUCUCCGCACGUGCGACGUGGGCGGGCACUCUGGUGCUCGUCUUCCAGCCUGCCGAGGAGCGCGGAACCGGCGCGCAGGCCAUGGUCGAUGAUGGCCUCUACACGCGCCAUGGUGUCCCCGUCCCGGACGUGGUCCUUGGAGCGCACGUCAUGCCCUUCCGCGCUGGCAGCAUUGGCACUGGUCGAGGCAUCGUCGCCACAAGCGCAGACAGCAUGGAAGUGACGAUCCACGGGCGCGGCUCCCACGCCAGCAUGCCGCACACGUCAAUUGACCCCAUUGUCAUUGCUGCCAGCACAAUCAUGAAGCUGCAGACGCUUGUCAGUCGCGAAACUGACCCUGCUGACUCCAGCGUCGUGACGGUGGCGACUUUUCACGCCGGCGACGCGGAAAAUGUCAUUGCCGACUCUGCCGUCCUGGGCAUAGAUACACGCUCCGCAACCGUCGAGACAAGAGAGCGCAUGAUGCGUCGCAUCAAGGCUGUCGUGGCUUCCGAAUGUGCGUGCGCCGAAUCUACCAAGGAGCCCGAGUUCAAAAUGACAAGAUCCUACCCCUUGACAAUCAACGACAUUGAAACGACCAAGAAGAUCGAGGACACAUUUUCGGUACACUUUGGCGAGGAAAAGGGCCGGUACAAUAGAAACUUACCGCGCCUCGGUGGUAGCGAAGACUUUUCUAUUCUGGCUACUGCGGUGAACAAGCCAUCCUGCUUCUUCAUGUACGGCAGCAUCGAAGAGUCAAGGUGGGAUCAGAUUGAAGCCCGAGGCACCAUUUCCAGGGAUAUCCCAGCAAACCAUUCACCUUUGUUUGCGCCCGCCAUCAUGCCGACUUUGCAGACGGGACUCGACGGUUACGUUCUCGGCGCCUUGACUUUUCUCGGGAAGAAAUAG